UAGCAGCAGAAGAAUCUGGAAGGGUAUGUGGGCUUCGCCAGCCUGCCCAACCAAGUGUACAGGAAGUCAGUGAAGAGGGGUUUUGAGUUCACCCUGAUGGUCGUGGGUGAGUCGGGCCUGGGCAAGUCCACACUCAUAAACUCCCUGUUCCUCACAGACCUGUACUCUGCAGAAUAUCCCGGGCCUUCACAUCGAAUCAAAAAGACUGUACAGGUGGAGCAGUCCAAAGUAUUAAUAAAAGAGGGUGGUGUGCAGCUGCUGCUCACCAUCGUGGACACCCCGGGAUUUGGAGAUGCCGUCGACAACAGCAACUGCUGGCAGCCCGUCAUCGACCACAUAGACAGUAAGUUUGAGGACUACCUGAACUCAGAGUCGCGUGUGAACCGCAGACAGAUGCCUGACAGCAGGAUCCACUGCUGCCUGUACUUCAUCGCCCCCUCAGGACACGGGCUGAAGCCCCUGGACAUUGAGUUCAUGAAGCGACUCCAUGAGAAGGUCAAUGUGAUCCCGCUGAUCGCCAAAGCAGACACACUUACCCCUGAGGAGUGCCAGCAGUUCAAGAAACAGAUAAUGCGUGAAAUCCAAGAACACAAAAUCAAGAUCUACGAGUUUCCAGAGACGGAUGAUGAGGAGGAGAACAGGAUGGUCAAGAAGAUCAAGGACAAACUGCCCCUGGCCGUAGUAGGAAGCAACACUAUCAUCGAAGUCAACGGGAAGAGGGUCCGAGGGAGGCAGUACCCCUGGGGAGUGGCAGAAGUUGAAAACGGUGACCACUGCGACUUCACCAUCCUCAGGGACAUGCUCAUCAGGACCCACAUGCAAGAUCUGAAGGACGUCACCAAUAAUGUCCACUACGAGAACUACAGGAGCAGAAAGCUGGCCGCGGUCACCUAUAACGGAGUGGACAACAACCGCACCAAAGCACAGCUGUCCACCAAGAGUCCUCUGGCCCAGAUGGAGGAGGAGAGGAGGGAACACGUGGCCAAGAUGAAGAAGAUGGAGAUGGAGAUGGAGCAGGUGUUUGAGAUGAAAGUCAAGGAGAAGGUGCAGAAGCUCAAGGAUUCGGAGGCUGAGCUGCAGAGGAGACAUGAGCAGAUGAAGAAGAACCUGGAAGCUCAGCACAAAGAGCUGGAGGAGAAGAGACGUGUGUUUGAGGACGAGAGGAACAAGUGGGAGGAGCUACAGAGGCUGGAGCAGCAGAAGCUCGAGGCAUCCAGAACUCUGGAGAAAAACAAAAAGAAAGGCAAGAUUUUCUAAGGUGGCGGGCAGUACCACGCUGGGACGUGUUUGCCAACAAUUGCGGUCAGGACUCCGGCGUGCGGCACCGACCCCCACCCUCCUCUACGCUACUGCUCCCGGCCACUAGAGGGAGCCACGGGGUCCCGCACUGCCUACGGACUCAUCACCAUCAACGAAUGUGUUUACUUUAACCACGCCACAAAAGAUAACCCCAUUUUAGAAAGGCCAAACCUAUUCUGUUUUCAUGCGAUUAUCUUCUUAAUGUUAUUGUUGUCAUACUGAUACUGUCUCGGCCCCUCCGCUGCUCUCUCUAAAACCAAGGUUGCUUCGAUGGACUUGUGUGUACAGUUAAAUUGCAGACAAAAUGUCGUACAAUCAUGUUCUGGUGAUGAAUUUGUUUACAAGAAUUCUGAAAUGUGUGAAUAGGACGGUAGCCCUGAAGAGACAAGUGGUGGCCGCAAAAACUAAAAUAAAUGUACAAUAUUUUGUUUCCUCAUCAAAAACAUAACAUCACAAAGUAGAACGGAGCAUUUUCAGUUUUGGAGAUGUAAACAGACUAAUAAUAAAGGGUUACUCAAACAUGUGUGACUGGAGCAGGCGGCAUGUUUUUGAUGAGGUGACAUCAUUAUAACAGGGCUCCAUGCUCACAAGAGUUUUGCUUAAUAGAGGACCUUUUAAAGGUACACUAUGUAAUUUUUCUGUUUCAGGGUCUGCAAAUUGCUUGUCUCCAUGGAGAUUUUUUUUGCAGUAUAUAGAAUGUUAAAUAUUCUAUAUACAUAGAGACAAGCACGUAACGCCACUAGACCCAGUUUUACAGGUCAGAUCUGUGGAGAGGAGAGCCUGCUCACUAUAAUAAUGUGUUUGAAUGUGCUUUUUUUUGCAUUAAAACACCAAUAAUUCAAUACAUACAACACUGAUAGUUUUAAUGCCAUUGUGUAGAAUAACACGGGCAACAAGCAGAAAAGUUGCAUUGUGCAUCUUUAAAUACUUUUGACUUUGUGCUCUUUUUUAACUGUAAAUUUAAGUUAUAUUUCAAGACUGCUUUUGCCAUCUCCCAUUAUGAAUUAUGUCUGUGCAGUACUUUAGUUUUAUGAUUUGCUGCCACUUGUCGUUUGGGGCCAUCGUAGUGUACUUUUUACGACAAGGAUGUGAACUAACUCAUUUUAGUUUUAGUUUAGUGACAGUGGAAAGUGCAGAAAUUAUGAAAACAAUAAAACCGCACCUUGGGCCUUUUUAUAGAUGAAUUAUAGCAACAAAAAAACGAACGUAAUUCUGUCAACAGGACACAAGUUUUAGAGUGAGGAUGUUUCACCGCUCUGAAGAAACCCUUUGAGUGAGCGGUGGAAUGUCUUUACUCUAACGUUUGUCCAUUUGACAGGAAUUAAUUUUUCUUUUGCUAUGGAUCAUACCUGGACGACUGAGGGAUUACACAGAUAUGAAUUAUGUAACCCCUCCCUCUCCCUUUUGUGUUUAUCUAUUCUUGGACCACCAUUAUAACUUUAUUUUUAUAUAUACCGAGCCAGCUGAAGUUCUUACAUCUUUUAUAAGAAAAUCUCUUUGGAUGUGCCCUGGUCGACCACUGCGGCAAUUGAACUAAAGGACUGUGUAAAGUGGGACAUGAAGAGACAACACCACACUUUGCUUUGGCUAUGUAUCCAUCUGUAUUUUUAAUGUUGUUUUUCAUUUGUACUUGUGACUUUGUUCACUUAAUAAACCUGUGAUGACAUGGA